UUAGAUAAGAAAGUGAUAACGUUGUUGGCUUGAUGCUGAUAUCCCUAACUCUUACAUAAAGAAUGUAAUGUAAUACCCUAUGACUUUCUACAAAUACCAUUAACUUUAAAGGUUACAAAUUAUUUCUAUUUGUUUUUAUAGGCACGAUAUGCCAUACAAAAUUCACAUAAUAAGUGAGGGGUACAUCAGGCCAAUUGAAGGUGGUGGUUCUCAUGCUAACUGCUCUUGCACGCUUGUUACUGGGCGGCACAAUGUGAUUGUUGACACAAUGACUGCUUGGGAUAAAGACCAUAUUUUGCAGAGACUGAAGGACCACAAUGUCAACCCAGAUGAUGUAGAUUUUGUCGUUUGCACCCAUGGCCAUUCAGACCAUGUCGGAAACAACAACUUGUUCCUGAAAGCUAAACAAAUUGUAGGCCAUUGUAUUCAAUCAGGGACUAGAUUUUUUAAGGAGCCAUUCAGUCAAGGAAAUAAUUAUGAACUUGAUGAAGGCCUGGUUGUAAUACCAACUCCUGGCCAUACACUGUCCUGUGUCACAUUGUUGGUCGAUUCUUUCGACGGAAAAGUGGCUCUGACCGGUGAUUUAUUCGAGAGUGAAGAUGACCUGUUUAACGAAUCAGUUUGGAUAGAGGCUGGGAGUGAAGACCCUGAAUUACAAAGGAAAAGCCGGAAAAAAGUUAUUGCAUUAGCUGAUUGGAUCAUCCCAGGUCAUGGAAGAGCAUUCAAAGUGACUCCUGAAAUAAAAUCCAAAUAUGGAGUAUAAACAAACAGAGGAUUAUUUGUAAUUGAAAAAUUAUAAAUACAUCAAUUCAUUUGUA